GAGGCCAUGAAGGCAGAGAAUGAUGAGGGGUGUAGAUGAGGAGGAGAGAGCCAGAGAAAAAGCUUUGACUGAGAACAGUUGAGAGCACAAGUGAGAGCAGCCAUAGUGGAAACAAAGUACUUCAGACUUGAGACGCCCACCAGCAUUGAGCAGAGAUGACCUCAUUUUGCAGGAACCUGGUGGCACUUGUCUUUCUUGUCUUGCCUCCCAUGCAUUCCCAUUUCUUCACCAAUGCUGCGUCUGCUUCCCCACCCAUCACUCGUCCACAGAUCAUACACAUGACUGACAUGGGCUCAGAAGGCCAGGAUGAUUAUGACUUUAAUAAGGAGGAAUAUGACACAAUCACAGCUCCUCCUAGGAUGGUGUCCUUCCCAAAGAUGGACCUAGAACCUCUGCUCUGUGAGUACGACCCCUGCUCGGAGAACCAGGUUCCCUGUGUUGCACUUUCAGAGCAAAUUGGGUGCCUCUGCCCUGGGAUGAGUGGAGCUAAUGUGCGUCCUCAUCCACCACGUAUCCAAGCGCUGGUGCCAGUCAGUGCGGGGAGUGACAGAGGGGAAAUACAGGUGCAGUGUUGUGCUCCAUCUUCAGUGGUAUCUGAGUACAGAAUAGUCGUCGAGGGAAGGGACAGUGAAGUCCCAAAGUUUGGGGAUGCGUCACGGCGGGGUUUGGUCAGAUCUUUGGAAGUGGGAACUAAAGUGUGUGUGGUGGCAGUGAACAACGCAGGAAGCAGCGAUCCUUCAGAGUUUUCAUGUAAGCGGUAUGAAUGUCGUCAAUCUCCUGUCCUCACAGUGAUGGCCUGGAUUAUAGGAGGUUUAUUCGCUCUCCCUUUACUGGUUGUUAUAGGGACUCUGAUCUGUGGGACAUAUGAGAAGUUUCGAAAAGGAAAGAGAGACUCUACUGAUGAACUUACUAAAGUACAGUUUGAACACUGCAGUUCUGUAGUGGUGUAAUCAGUGACUGUAGAAUUUAAAUGUUAUUUCAAUUCCCUCAAAGAACGUGUAAAUACGAUUAUAACAAUGUACAUGUAAAACGUAACGAGAACAAAUAGUUUAUAGUGCUCUUUUGCAGUCACCAUGAUUUUAUUUGCCGGCAAAUUAACCUCUGUAGAUUGUUUAUUUUUUAAUAUAUCAGAAACAGAAUGUAAAGUAAAUAUUAUUUU